AUGUGGAUGUGGGGUUUAGUCUAGGUUGGGUGUCAUCCUUAAAUUAUGCGCAAACACAUCCACAUCCUGCUCUCAAGAGUCACACACCACUUCCACUUCCACUUUCACUUCCACUUCCACUCUGGCUCUCCCUCCGCCACCGCAGGCCAUGGCGGCCUCCGCCCCUCCUACAGCGCCGCGCCCCAAGCGCCCGCGGCCGCCGUCGGGGCGCACCAACCUGGCCUCCUGCGUGGUGGCCACCAUCUUCCUAAUCUUCAUCGUCAUCGUCAUCCUCAUAGUGUACUACACCGUCUUCAAGCCGCAGGACCCCAAGAUCGCCGUGAACGCCGUACAGCUUCCGUCCUUCUCGGUGGCUAACGGCAGCGUGAACUUCACCUUCUCCCAGUACGCCGCCGUCCGGAACCCUAACCGCGCGGCCUUCUCCCACUACGACAGCUCCCUCCAGCUGCUCUACUCCGGCAGCCAGGUGGGGUUCAUGUUCAUCCCCGCCGGCGAGAUCGACGCCGGGCGGACACAGUACAUGGCGGCCACCUUCUCCGUGCAGUCGUUCCCCCUCUCGGCCCUCUCGGCAUCCCAAAGGCUGAGCCCCAUGCUGCCGAACUAUGACAGAGUGGGCUUCAACUAUGGGCUGAGGGUCCAGCCCACUAUGGAGAUCGAGUCUAAGCUGGAAAUGGCGGGGCGUGUUCGAGUCUUGCACUUUUUCACACAUCGCGUUUACGCCAAAGCCGGUUGCAGGGUUGCCAUUGCCGUAUCCGAUGGAUCUGUCUUAGGUUUUCACUGCUAAUCAUCACUGUGCAUUGUAAUUGUAAAAACAUCAUUUUUUACUUUCCUCCAAUUGGGAAAUUCUGCUUCUUCUUAGUAAUUAAUUUUCAUGAUAAUGUAUGUCUAUGGGUGGGGCUUUAUUGGUAUAAUAAGUUAAAGGUUAAGUAAAGGGUUUUGGGGGAGGCAGAAAGUGGAGAGGAAUGAUGAGUUUGAAAGGAAGGUCUUUUUGGCUUUUGGGGAGGUUAAUUAAUUGUGGGUUAAGUAAAGUUGGAUACCAUGCUUGAUAGGGAUACUAAUUUGACUAUGGAAAAGGAAAAGAGGGUGGUACCCUUGGCUUGUGGGGUAGGGCCGGGUAGUCCUAAAAUUAUCGGGAAAUGCGGCUCUUUUUGGGGAAGUUGAUUUAUGGUGUUGUUGGAUACCAAGUAAUUAUAUAUUUUCCUUUUGCAAGAGUAAGAGGGAAAUGGCAUCUUGAGAAACCAACUAAGAUAGAAAUGGAGUGCCACGUCUAACUGUGCAACUAUCGACAUUAUAUCUGUUUUUUACUUUAUUUGUUUAUGUUAGUUGGACUCGUAUGUCACUAUUGAAAUGGGCAUCAACUCAAUACAAUCUCAAGCGAACAACGUCAAAGCCAAAAUGGACAUGGGUUUUCGAUGAAGUUCAAGCUCAUUCAACAAUGCAACGGAUUAAUAGGAUGUGAUCAUUUGUUCACUUUUACUAUAUUAAUUAUACAAGAUAAUUUUUUAAAUAUUAUUUUUAAUUUUUAAGA